UCUUUCACGAAAAUUCGAACCGAAGUUUAAUAAAGGUUACUUUGAAAUCUGUACAACUUGGAAAAAUAAGUAAACACAUAAGAAAACACGAAAAAUUAAAUCCUGACUCUUUAAAAACCACCUAGAUUUCCAAGGACAGAAAUGGCUAACUCAAAACGCAGCACAGAAAACGAUUAUUCUAAGACUUUGGACCUCCCAAAAAGCGUUUUAAGGCCAUGCACCUGAAUGAAGGCACUGAUAGUACUUGCAGCUGCAGUAACACAAUAUUGGACAGCGACGAAUCUCAGGAGUCAAGGGACUUUGGCUCCAAAUACUUACCGGAGUUGGGGCCCCAGGAGAAUAUCUACUACCUACAGAACAAGAUGCUCUUUGAUUUGCAUGUCGAGCGUGUCAAGCGUAGGAAUUCAGAAAAUAUGAAAAAUAUGUCUUGAAAAAACCUACAAGAAUAUACAGAAACAAAACAUCUAGAGAUCCUAAAAUCAAGUAAAGCGUUCAUAUAAUACUGGAAAGACUUUGAAUUGAAUCUUGCUUAAAAUUGCGUUAGUUUGCUGAGAUAACCGAAACCUAAUUUGGUGUAAAUUUUAGUCCUGGUCAAUGUGAUGUUUUACCGUGUAGACUUCUUCUAGAGGCCACAAAAGUGAGCUAUGGCCUGACCGGCAGCUUUAUCCUUAAAGCCAAGUUAAGGCAGCUUUUGCCUGGCUUUCUCCCAACCCCCUUUUGUAUUGCAGUGGCAGGCAAAUUUUAUGCUGCUCAAAAUGCAAUGCAGGGCAUGCAAUAUAAGCGAUGCGAGAGCCACUGAAUGGGAAAGCCAGAGAAACAAGUGCCGGUCUAAAGAAAAUACCCGCCUUACCUAAAGUUCAUAAUGUGUUAAAACUUUACUGGAUUUAAGGAUCCAAGGCUUACAUUUAAAGCCAUGGCUAUUUAAGCAUUUAAAAAGCCA